UUCGGCUCGGCCAUUUCGGCUUGGCCGUUUCGGCACGGCUGUUUCGGCGCUAAGAUAUAUCGGCACUGAAAAUUUCGGCGCGAGGAAAUUUCGGCGCGGCAUUUUUUAAAUUAACUAUUACUAUUAUGAAAAAUUAUCUUAAUAAAAUCGUCAAUAGUGCAAUCCUACCAAAUAUAGCUGUUAUCGUGUAACGUAAGAACCAACUAUAUGUCUAUAUAGGUAAGAUAAAAGUAUAGGUUAUUAACCCACAGCAGUUAAGAUAUAAAGUGACGAUUAUGUAUACGCGUAGUGUAUGAACUGUAAAGCAAUCAGUUCUGGACCUGUCAUCAUUGCUGCACAAAAAUUUAUACUUGUUAAAAUGUCUAAUUUAUUAUCGAACCGCGGACGUGAAAUUUUUGUACAAGACGGUUUCAUGUAUAUUUUCGACAAAUUUAAUUUUAACCGUACAAAGCGAUUUUGGAGGUGUCGCAAUAAAGAUAUGUGUAAUUGUCGAAUUCAUACAGGAAUCGAUGAUUAUAUUAUACAAAAAAAAAUUAACGACCACACUCAUGAUUCUGAAGCGGCUAAAAUAGAAGUAGAGGCUGCAAUUACAAAAAUUAAGACACGUGCACUUCAAACAAUGGAGCCUACAUCAGUUGUAAUAAACGAAUGUGUUGGACCUUUAUCCGAAGCAGCUAAAGUAAGUACAAAUUUCAGACAGCUUUUUGUUUUUACUAGGCCCGUUAAUUUAAUUUUAGGAACGAUAAUGUAGUUUAGCAUAUAAAAGCUAAUUAAAAAAAAAAUAUUAUAUUAUACAUAUAUAUAUUUUUAAUAAAUUAUUUAAAAAGAUAUUCUUUGUUGUU